AUGUCCCAAACCGUCAUCCGCAUCAACGGUCCCCGGACCUCCGUCCGCAACCUCAAAUCCUUCACCGAAGACAUCCCCGUCCCCACCAAACACGAAGUCCUCAUCAAAGUACACUCCGUUUCCCUUAACUACCGCGACAUCGCCAUCGCCACCUCCGGUUACCCCUUCCCUGUGAAAGACAACGUCAUUCCCUGCUCCGAUGCCGCCGGUGUCAUCGUUGACGUUGGCGAAGGCGUCCAGAACCUCGCCAAGGGUGACCGCGUCGUCGGCACCUUCGACCCGACCAACCUCUUCGGCCAGCAAACGAACUGGCUCAAUGGCCAAGGCGGGCCCGUCGACGGUGUUCUCCGUGAAUACAUCACCCUGCCCGCUACCGCGGCCGUCAAGAUCCCCGAAAACUCACCGCAGAGCUUCUCGGAAUGGUCGACCUUGCCUUGCACCGGUGUGACGGCUUGGAAUGCCUUUUAUGGUAAUGUUCCGUUGAGACCGGGACAGGUUGUUUUGGCUACAGGAACCGGCGGCGUCUCUCUCACGGGCAUCAUCCUCGCCAAAGCAGCCGGCGCCACCACCAUCGUGACGUCCUCCAGCGACGAGAAACUCGAAUACGUGAAGCGCAAAUUCGGCGCCGACCACGGCAUAAACUACAAAACCCACCCCGAGUGGUCCAAGGAAGUCCUCCGCCUAACCAACAACGAAGGCGUCGACUACAUUCUGGAGAACGGCGGCUCCGGCACCAUCGCGGAGAGCCUGAACGCGGUGAAAAUGGGCGGUAAUAUCUCGGUGAUUGGGUUCUUGUCGCAGGCGAAAGAGAUGCCGGAUGUGGCGGGGUUGGCGUUGGCGAAGGGCGCCACGGUGCGAGGCAUAACGGUGGGGUCGACGCAGUUGUUGCAGGAGGUGGUGCGGUUUGUGGGCACGAAGGGAUUGCGGUUGCCGGUGGAGAGGGAGUUCGGGUUUGGGGUGCAGGAGGCGGUGCAGGCGUAUGAGUAUCUGGCGUCGGGGGGGCAUGUGGGGAAGGUUUGCAUUAAGGUGGCGGAGGAGGGGAAUUGA